UAGUUCAGUCAGCAGUCGUUCACGCAUCUAUCUAUAUUCCUUUUUCUUAAAUUAGCCACUUUAAGCUUCGCGAUACCGCCCCCAGUAGCAGCCUCGGUACGGAGCCGCCAGGCCGGGACAGAGACGGAGAGAGAGGCCUCGGCCAUGGAAGCGCUCGGACCCGGCCCGCCCGCCCCUCCUCCCUCUCUGUUCCAGCCUCCGCGGCGUCCCGGCCUCGGCACGGUGGGGAAACCCAUCCGGCUCCUUGCCAACCACUUCCAGGUGCAGAUUCCCAAGAUUGAUGUCUAUCACUACGAUAUCGACAUCAAGCCUGAGAAACGGCCUCGGAGGGUCAACAGAGAGGUGGUGGACACCAUGGUGCGGCACUUCAAGAUGCAGAUCUUUGGGGACCGACAGCCGGGCUACGACGGGAAGAGGAACAUGUACACGGCACAUCCACUGCCAAUCGGGAGAGACAGGGUGGAUCUGGAGGUGACUCUGCCCGGCGAGGGGAAAGAUCAGACGUUCAAGGUGUCUUUGCAGUGGGUGUCUGUGGUCAGCCUGCAGAUGCUGCUGGAGGCCCUGACGGGUCACCUGAACGAGGUCCCGGAAGACUCGGUUCAGGCUCUGGACGUCAUCACGCGGCACCUUCCUUCCAUGAGGUAUACUCCUGUGGGGCGUUCGUUUUUCUCCCCUCCGGAGGGCUAUUAUCAUCCUCUGGGCGGAGGCAGAGAGGUGUGGUUCGGUUUCCAUCAGUCUGUCCGCCCGGCCAUGUGGAACAUGAUGCUCAACAUCGACGUGUCAGCCACCGCUUUCUACCGCGCGCAGCCCGUGAUCGAGUUCAUGUGCGAGGUGCUCGACAUCCAGAACAUCAACGAGCAGACCAAACCUCUGACGGAUUCGCAGCGCGUCAAAUUCACCAAGGAAAUAAGAGGCUUGAAAGUCGAGGUCACGCACUGUGGUCAAAUGAAGAGGAAGUACCGCGUGUGCAAUGUGACACGUCGACCUGCCAGCCACCAGACGUUCCCCUUACAACUCGAGAACGGCCAAGCCAUGGAGUGCACCGUCGCUCAGUAUUUCAAGCAGAAGUACAAUCUGCAGCUCAAAUAUCCACAUCUACCCUGUUUGCAAGUCGGGCAGGAGCAGAAGCACACCUACCUUCCCCUGGAGGUCUGUAACAUCGUAGCAGGCCAGCGCUGCAUCAAGAAGCUGACGGACAACCAGACGUCCACCAUGAUCAAGGCUACCGCUCGCUCGGCGCCCGACAGACAGGAAGAGAUCAGCAGACUGGUAAAAAGUAACAGCAUGGUCGGGGGCCCGGACCCUUACCUGAAGGAGUUUGGCAUUGUGGUGCACAACGACAUGACCGAAGUGACAGGGCGUGUGCUCCCGGCGCCCAUGCUGCAGUACGGGGGCCGGGUGAGCACGGACACGGGGCGCGACUGUGGCAGGGGACUCUCUCCGCAGAACAAAACCGUGGCCACGCCCAACCAGGGCGUGUGGGACAUGAGGGGGAAGCAGUUCUACGCCGGCAUCGAGAUCAAGGUGUGGGCCGUGGCCUGCUUCGCCCCGCAGAAACAGUGUCGAGAGGACCUGCUCAAGAGCUUCACUGACCAGCUGCGGAAGAUCUCCAAGGACGCGGGGAUGCCCAUUCAAGGCCAGCCGUGUUUCUGUAAAUACGCCCAAGGAGCCGACAGCGUGGAGCCCAUGUUCAAACACCUCAAGAUGUCUUACGUGGGUCUGCAGCUGAUUGUGGUCAUCCUGCCUGGAAAAACGCCCGUCUAUGCUGAGGUGAAGCGCGUGGGCGACACCCUCCUCGGCAUGGCGACCCAGUGUGUGCAGGUGAAGAACGUGGUGAAGACGUCCCCUCAGACCCUCUCCAACCUCUGCCUCAAGAUCAACGCCAAGCUGGGGGGCAUCAACAACGUCCUGGUGCCUCAUCAGAGGCCGUCGGUGUUCCAGCAGCCCGUCAUCUUCCUGGGUGCAGACGUCACGCAUCCUCCCGCCGGCGACGGGAAGAAGCCGUCCAUCGCGGCGGUGGUGGGCAGCAUGGACGGCCACCCCAGCCGCUACUGCGCCACGGUGCGAGUCCAGACGUCGAGGCAGGACAUCUCCCAGUGUCCGACUCCUCCAACCAAUCAGGAGCAGCUCUUCAGCCAGGAGGUGAUCCAAGAUUUAACCAAUAUGGUGCGAGAGCUGCUCAUCCAGUUCUACAAGUCCACUCGCUUCAAGCCCACACGGAUCAUCUACUACCGGGGAGGAGUGUCUGAGGGACAAAUGAAACAGGUGGCGUGGCCGGAGCUCAUCGCCAUCAGGAAGGCCUGCAUCAGUCUGGAGGAGGACUACAGGCCGGGCAUCACCUACAUCGUGGUCCAGAAGCGUCACCACACUCGUCUUUUCUGCUCCGACAAAGCCGAGCGGGUGGGGAAGAGCGGUAACGUCCCGGCAGGCACCACGGUGGACAGCACCAUCACACACCCGUCCGAGUUCGACUUCUACCUGUGCAGCCAUGCUGGGAUUCAGGGAACCAGUCGUCCGUCCCACUACCACGUCCUGUGGGACGACAACUGUUUCACCGCCGACGAGCUGCAGCUCCUCACCUACCAGCUGUGCCACACCUACGUCCGCUGCACGCGCUCCGUCUCCAUCCCGGCGCCGGCCUACUACGCCAGGUUGGUGGCCUUCCGAGCCCGCUACCACCUGGUGGACAAAGACCACGACAGUGCUGAAGGAAGUCACGUGUCGGGCCAGAGUAACGGCCGGGACCCCCUGGCGCUGGCCAAGGCGGUUCAGAUCCACUACGACACCCAGCACACCAUGUACUUCGCCUGAGUCAGCCAGUCCACCCGCGGAUUCCCUUUCUUCUAUCUUUUUAAUCUCUCAUUUGCCAGUCUCUCUCUCUCUCUCUCUUCUUGUCUCACUUCUCUCUCUUUUUGUAGUCUUUUCUCUUCAUACUCACUCUACAUUUUCUGAAUCUGCACCAAAGCGGCUCUUUGACGGGAUGGGGGAGGGGGAGGGUAAACCUGCUGUGUCAAUAUGUCCAGCAGGUCGUUUGUUUUAGUUUUAUUUCAAAGGAACAAUCGCCAAUCAGCGUUCCCAAUCGAGCCGCCUCUCAAACCAGCAAUCCAGCACUGCAAACCCCGAGGGGGGGUUUCCAAUGCACAAGAGGGGCGAAAAAACAAACAUGAAAAAACAAAAACAAACCACACACGCACGACAAGUUGAGCCAUUAUUCUUUUUGUUUGUUUUUGUUUUUUCUACGUGAAUGUCUGCACUCUUUGUGUUCGUAAAGAUACACCGAGCGGCGGCACCGCGCGCGUGCCGGCGUGCCGCGCCGCCGCUCUCCCAGCUAAGCAGGACUCUUAUCUACUUUUACCUCAAAGCCCCUUUGGGCACAAUCUGUCACAAGGUCUUGGGUUUUAUUGGGUGGUUCGGGAGGGAACUCUACAUGAAAAAGAGAUGGCGGGGAGUCGACCUUUUCGAGAAUGAUAUAUAGAUAUAUAUUGUCUUUUUUUUACGACCGUGUGUUUUAACCUUUUUCUCCUUUUACGGUCUUUAAACAAGCGAGGUGACCUGGGUGUCCAUGCCCAUUACUGUUUUCCUCCCAUCUUGGCGAAGUAUACGCAAGUGUGUGUGUACUUACGUGCAUCUCUGUAUAUACAUGUACUGCUGUAUGCGAGUGUUUGUCUGCGUGUGUGUGUGUAUGUUUCAUGGCAGGCCACUGAAUUGUAAAGGGAAAUCAAGGAGAUAACUGCUGUAAAUGCCUCAGAUUUGUUGUUUUUAUAUUCACACAUACAGUACAUAUUAGCAUAUAUUUACAUCUAUAGAGCAACUUUGAGACGUAUGACUUAAACGGGCCUCCUAGAGGCUGGUGUGGGUAUUUGUAGCAGCCCUGGCUCACUUGAUUGAAAUGCUUUUAAGUUGCAUUUCUUCUUUUUUCAAAUGGUUAGGGGGGGCGAAGGGGGGAGCAGUUGCUUCUUUUUGUGCCUCCCCAAAUCCUCUUUGGAUCCUAGAAAAAGGACAAAAAGGCAACAUGAAUCCAUUUCAAGUCGCGAGUGCAGUCGGGUCUGGCGGUAGCAGUGGUCCGGCCUGAGACCGGCUCAGCCGUCGGGGCCCGUGGACCGGCUGGAGGCAUUAAACGCAGAGCAUGGUCUUUAUCAGCCUCGCUGUGCGAAAAGCAGGAUCUUAAUUUUUAUUUGGACCUGAUUUUAUCUGAAAGAUUAUAUGACGACACUGCUGGACUUUGCUUUUCAUUUUGUCUUUUGUUUUUGUUCUAGAAGUAGAAUCAAGGGCCGGAAACCAACGUAGUUUUUUGAGGUCUCCUUUUUGCUAAUAUUGGCCAAUUCAUUGCACUGACCCGGGACGCUAGGCAAGCAACAGAGGGCACUCUCGAUCUCUCUUAACUUUAUGCAUUUAUACAUACGAAUCAACAAAGCAGAUUUGUAAAAGUUUAAUAUAAGAUGUUUUGUGGUUCUCUUAAGAAAUAACCGACGACGACAAAAAAGGAAAAAAAACAACGGUUGUUUUAGAAUUGGUAGUUUAUCAUGGAUGUUGUUGUUGUCAAUGUUGUUACUUGCGUGAAGAAAUGUUAUAGUCGGCGGCAAAGCCAGUGAUGUAGUUACUAGAGCGACUUCAGGAAUAGACCUGCGUUUGUUGAGCCGCAGGUUAGCGCGGAGAGCUUUUGGGUUGGGACGUUUUGUCGCAUUCUGGCUCACGGUGACAGGAAGUCGGCCCCAGGACGGGCGGAUCCGGUCAGAGCGAAACGUGGCGGCAGACGUGAGUUAUGGCGCGGCGCUCGGUCGUUUAUGACGGCACGGAUGGAGACAAACGAGGAUUGUAAUCGGCAUGAACCUACAUUUAGGGAUUUGUUUCAAGAAAUAAGAAAAGAUGAGAAAACGGUUUGUGAUAGGCAAUGAGUUGAAUUUUUAGACUUUUUAAAUAAUGGUUUUAUGACUCUGUGUAUUUGAAGUAUACCCACCUUUAAAGUUUCUCUCGCUGUUUGACGGUGUUCGUUUUCAUAUUUUUAUGCAUUUUUAACACUGGAUUAAAUGAAUUGAACAUAAGCAUAAGCACUGCCCAUGCACCCCCCCGCCCCGCCCCCCGACACCCAGAGGGAGCUUGGAGAAGCGGUCGGCGCGCACGCCUCAUCAGGAGGGCACCGCUCAGAGAAAACCCUUUUGUAAUAAACCACCCGUAAAGCAGCAGGUUUACUAUGAAUGAGUUUGAGCACCUGCCUGUUGGAGGCGUGGGCGUUGGCAGUGGAAGGAUCAGGGGGCCAGUCGGAGGAGGAGGAGGAGGGUGGGGUCGUCCAGGCAUUGCAUGCAAUAAGUUUUUUGAAACGUGCACUAGUUUCACCGAGCCGACCGGGCUGGGGUCGACGCUCCACGCCCAAUGUUCGCUCGUCGAACGCGUCGUCCGGUCUAAUAAACGAUCACUCCCCGUUUUCUGUUUGUGACAUUGCAAAGCAAUAUUUAGCCAGUUGUCGUUUUCAAAUGUGGAAAAACAAAAAAGCUAUAAUUCUACUCAUUGUGGUUGUUGGUCUCACUAUUGUGUGUCUGUACUAUAAUUUGUCUUGUUUGUGUUGCUUGAAUCAAUCAAUCGGUGGGAAUGUGCAUUUGGUGUAAUAGUUCUGUAGGCUUUAGUCGACUUCCUUUGAAGUGAUGCGAGUUUAGACUUCGCUCGCCUGCAUGUCAGUAUUUGUUUUAGGGUUGUUGGGUUUUUUUAAAGAAAAGAAGAAGGAAAAAAAGAACACUUUUUGGGAAUCAUAUUUAUUAUGAGGGGAAAACAAUAGAAAUGCUUUGGGGGGGGGGGGGGUUAAAUGUUUAUAAAUUUUAGUGGGACUGUUUUAGGCUAGCAAUAUUUGUCAAGUCUCUCUUAAGAUGCUUUUUAAAGAUUCCUACACAAAUGUCAGUGAUUUGGGAGGUACAAGCUCUUCUCUGAGGAGGGGGGGGGGGGCUCUUUGCGUCGUGUCCAUAUUCAAACGAGGUACUUUCUUCAAACGUGGAACCCGUCAAAGACCGAACCCCCCCCUCUGCCAGAUGACCGUCGCGAGCAUCCACGUGUGCUCCUCGUUCCUGGUUUGUACCUGUGGCCACGCCUCUUGGUGGGGGGGGGGCUCUCCUGUCUCCAUGGCAACUCUGCUGACCCCUCACAAAUGCACUUCCUCUUUGUGAAGGGGUCCCCAUGGCAUCAAGGGAGCAGGAUUACCUCUUUUUACCUUUAAAAAAAAAAGCGAUCCAUAAUUCUUUCUGUGCCCCGAUAGAGAGAGCAUGAAUUAUUUUAAAAUUCCUCUCACUUUGAUAUAUUGUGAUAUCUUAAUGGAUUUGUAAUUUGACAUUGUGUGUAUGUUAAUUUCUUUGGUUUUCCCUCUUUGGUUUAUUUUCUUUGGGGAGGGGGAGGGUUAAAGCUCUGCUCGGUUAAUAUUUGUUCUUUUAGUUUUCUGCUAGUGGUCUCUGAAGCUGCUCGCGAGUGUCUGACAGCAAUAGAAUCAAAGAAUUGGAAUAUUCCGAUUCCAAGAAUGGAACACUCUGAUUCUGUGAAUGAACGGAACCCUUUGACUGGUUGUGAGGGGGCGGGGCUUGUUCAGGCUCCGCCCUCCCUAACAGAGAGCCAUUCACUCGCUGUUACUGCUAUUUUGUGACAUGUUCAAAUACCUUUUUUUUUUUUAGCCUGCAGGGAAUUCUUCUGUUAAUGUGCAAAGUAAUAAAUUGUUUUAUGCCUAUAACGUA